UGCCGAGAGUAUACAUCCGGCCGGACUGUGGCUGGGCUUCAGCUCGGGGCCUGAGCCCGCGUGCUUUGUGUUUGAGUCCUUUGGAGCCUGCUCUCCCCCCAGCCCACCCCCACAAAGCGCGCCCGAUUCCGCGGGAGGGAUUGCGCCUUCACCUGGGGGGUGGCCCGAGGGCCCCGAGGCUGCGGCCGGCGACGAGGACGAGGGUCCCAUUUGUGUACAUCACCAGAGGAUAUGGCAGCCCUGGGGGCAGUACAGGAGCCACUCUCUGCUUCGGCCCACAUCAGCUUCCCAUCACCUGGAUCCCAUGCAGGGCCUCCGAAUCAUGAGAUGCUACUGUACCUCCAGGAUCCCCAAUACGAUUAUAAGACCAGGACUGACAACAAGUUACUGAUCCCAAAGCAGGAAAUUUCUGAAGAAAUAGAAUCUUGUGGAACAAUAUCAGAAAUACUCCAAACAGAUGUUCUCCAGAAACCCAAAUUUGGAGAAACCUAUGAACUUCAAAGCAGGUUAGAUAGUCAGGUGGGAAUCUCAGCUGAGAAGAGAUGGAGAAACUCCCUUUCCCAGCAGAGAAAGACACGGGUCACAGUCAUGCAUGAAGAAACCCCUAGAGAUGAGAGAGGCCAUGAAUGUACUGGAUUUGGGAGAACUUUCAGCCUGAACUCAAAUCUUGUUGUAGAGCAGAGAGUUCCUACAGGCGUGAGACCUCAUAAAUGUGAUACUUGUGGCCAGAGCUUUGGCCAGCGCUCAGUCCUUAUUCAGCAUCUGAGAAUUCAUACUGGAGAGAAACCUUUUGAAUGUAAUGAAUGCGGGAGAGCAUUCAGCCAGAGAUCUGAAAUUAUUAGGCAUCGGAGAAUUCAUACUGGAGAUAAACCCUAUGAAUGUAAUGAGUGUGGCAAAGCAUUUAGUCACAGAUCAACCCUUAUUGAACAUCAAAGAAUUCACACUGGAGAAAAGCCCUUUGAAUGUAAUGAAUGUGGGAAAGCUUUCAGAGGAAGGUCAGACCUUAUUCGGCAUCAAAGAAUUCACACUGGAGAAAAGCCCUAUCAGUGUAAUGAGUGUGGAAAAGCCUUUAGUCACCGAUCUGUCUUUAUUGCACACCAGAGAAUUCACACUGGGGAGAAACCUUAUGAAUGUCAUGAAUGUGGCAAGACCUUCAAUUGGAGCUCAAGUCUUUUCCAACAUCAGAGGGUUCACAGUGGAGAGAGACCCUAUGAAUGUCAUGAAUGUGGGAAAGCUUUCACACAGCUUGCAGUUCUUAUUGAUCACUUAAGAACUCACACUGGGGAGAAACCUUAUGAAUGUCAUGAAUGUGGGAAGGCCUUCAGUCAUGGCUCAAACCUUCUUCAGCAUCAGAGAAUUCAUUCUGGCCAGAAACCAUAUGAAUGCUGUGAAUGUGGAAAAGCCUUCUGUCACAGCUCAAAACUUAUUCAGCACCAGAGAAUUCAUACCAGAGAGUGACUCAAUGUAGUGGGGAAUUCCCAAAAAUUACUUUGGUGUAAGACCCUAUUAAAGAUGAUAAGUUCAA